AUGACGAUUCACACAAAGCAUGGUGUCUGUGUGUGGGAUUCACUCAAUGCAUUGUAUUCAAAGCAUACAGGGCAAUCAAAAGAGAUAAUUGAGAAGAACAUGGAUAAGGAUUACUUCAUGACCCCAGAAGAGGCGAAAGAGUUUGGAAUAAUUGAUGAAGUGAUUGAUGAAAGAGCUAUGGCUCUGGUCACUGAUGAUGUUGGCAAAGAAGUAUUUCCAAUUCACGAGUGGAGGAGCAGAACUGAGCAGAGACUUGGAAUAGGGAGUAAGCGAAGCACCCACAAUUGCCGGCCGGUUCAAACUGAGCAGAGAAUUCAUAUUGGUCUCAGAGAACUUGAAGUGCCAGGAUCCGCAGUGUCUGCAUAUGUGGCUCGGAGACCUUUCCUACUGUGCCUCGAAAUUGAGAAGUUUAACAAAACUGUCAAGAAGGUCAUGAGUAUGGGAAUCUACCCUUCGUCAGCAACAUUCAUGAAAGCACUAUGUGUGAUUUGUUUGACGGAUGCAUCAAAAUGGGAACAAAAAAUGAAUUUCUAUAAACAGUGUGGUUGGAGUGAAGAGGACUUUUUGGUGGCAUUUAGAAAGAAUCCCUUCUUUGUGCUAUUGACAGAGAAGAAUAUUUCUAAGAAAAUGGAUUUUAUUGUCAACAAAAUGGCUUUGUUUCAGCCUGCAGAUUUGGGUUAUUAUCCAACUGGCUUGACCUAUAGUUUGGAGAAUUGGAUAAUACCUAGGUGUUCAGUUAUUAGAGUUCUCCUACUGAAGGGUUUAAUAACAAGGGGAGAAUUCAGUUUCAGCAGUUCGAUGGUCUACAGGGAGUACUUCGUGGAUAGGUUUGUGGUGCAACAUCAAGAGGAAGUACCUGAAUUGCUCAGCAUCUUUGAAGGGAAAAUGAGUCUUGCGGAACUGGGCUUAGGAUUUGAGGAAAGUUGA